UUUUGGACUUAUUUAUUUUGGGGAUAGUUUCUGCGAUUUUCUCGGGGACUUAAAGACAUUCACAGUUCUUCUUUUGCCAAAUCUUUAGAAAAAAAGAAAAAACAAUUCGUCUUUCCCAUUUAUUUUCUGUGUCCCUUAUUUGAUUGCCGAGAAACCGCGAGAAACAAAAAAAAAAAAAAUCGAGAAGGAGAGAAAAAAAAAUCCGUCUUUUAAAAAUCUUUUCUUCUUCCCGUCGUUUCCGUUUUCAGUUUCGAAGGUGUAUCUGCAUUUUGUCUCAGGAAUUUGUUAGCUCAAGGGUCCUUCGAGGAAGAGGAUUCUUAUAUUGAGUUAAGAAAGUUGGAGCUUCUUCUUUCCAAAUUAUCCGUGAAGAAACUUGGAUAUCUAUAUAUAGUUUGGUAACAAUCAUCUAGUGUUGUUGUUAUGGACAUAAAAUCUGGUCACUCGUCUCCUGUAAUGACUGACUCUCCGCCAAUAAGCAAUUCAAGAUUAACCAUUCGUCAGAAUAGACUCCCUUACUCAUCAGCCACGGCUAUUUCACAGAACAACAAUCUUUUGCUAACCGUUCCUAGAAAGAAAACUGGUAUCCUUGAUGAUGUGAAGUCCAGUGGCUGGCUUGAUGCAAUGAAAUCUUCUUCUCCUCCUCCAACAAUACUUAACAAAGACAACAUAAGCAGCGAUGCUACGGACAUGACUUAUCGUGAAUGGACGCAGCUCAAGUAUCCAUCAGCUCUUACUACUUUUGAGAAAAUCAUGAGUUUUGCAAAAGGCAAAAGAAUAGCAUUGUUUCUUGAUUAUGACGGGACACUUUCUCCUAUAGUUGAGGAACCUGAUUGUGCGUACAUGUCAAGUGCUAUGCGUACUGCAGUGCAAAACGUUGCCAAGUACUUCCCAACAGCGAUCAUUAGUGGAAGAAGCCGCGAUAAGGUAUAUGAGUUUGUUGGAUUGAGUGAACUUUAUUACGCUGGAAGCCAUGGAAUGGAUAUCAUGAGUCCUGCAGGAGAAUCUCUAAACCACGAACAACUUAGCCGUACUGUAUCAGUCAACGAAAAGGGGAAAGAUGUAAAUCUGUUCCAGCCUGCUAGCGAGUUUCUACCAAUGAUCGAUAAGGUGCUUUGUUCGCUUGUAGAGAGUACAAAGGAUAUCAAAGGGGCAAAAGUAGAAGACAACAAGUUCUGCAUCUCUGUGCAUUACCGCAAUGUAGAAGAAAAGAACUGGAAUUUGGUUGCACAAUGCGUUGAUGAUGUCAUUAGAACAUAUCCAAAGCUACGGCUAACACAUGGCCGCAAGGUUCUUGAGAUCCGACCUGUUAUUGACUGGGACAAAGGGAAAGCUGUGACAUUUCUACUUGAAUCUCUUGGCCUAAACAACUGUGAGGAUGUUCUUCCAAUCUAUGUCGGGGAUGAUCGAACAGACGAAGAUGCAUUUAAGGUAUUACGAGAUGGACCAAACCACGGUUAUGGUGUAUUAGUCUCUGCUGUGCCUAAAGACACCAAUGCCUUUUACUCGCUUCGUGAUCCAUCUGAGGUGAUGGAGUUUCUGAAAUCAUUGGUGACAUGGAAGAGAUCAAUGGGUUAGUAGAAGAGGAGGAAGAAGAAGUAGAAGAAAAUGGCUGACGUUAAUAUAUAUAUUAUAUAUAUGGAAGUUAGAAGAUUAUUGUUAUACAGAGGGAAUGGAGAAAGAGAGAUGAUGCAAAAGUAAAAGCAUUUUAGUUUUCUUUCUUCAGUUCUUGUUUUUUCUUUAAAGUUUGUUUAAAUUACCGUUUAGAUUUAACUUAACGGCGUCGGUGGAGAGAUUACAUGAAGGCUUAAACACAUGCCGGAGAUCUUUUUUCCGAUCAGUCUCUUAUCUUCGUUUUCUCUUACAAUUGUAAAUUCUUCUUUCAUCUUGGACAAGUGGUUCUUUGGUGUUAUUAAAUUUCGGAUUACUU